UUCCGGUCGUCGCGCGAGAGCUGCGGCUGCAGUUUGACAGCGGCGGAGGUGUGCGACGAGUCUCGGCGGAGGUUAUGUGUUUGUAGAAUAGAUAUAAAAGCUCUUUCGCUGCAGAGAUCGCGCUGACAGCACCGCCAUCGGCUCACUGACGCCUCGACGCGCGAUGUUUGGCGAGCGCUGGCUGCUGGGCUUGAAGGCCGAUGUGUGAUUGGCGCUCUGCUACUGUCCGCCAGCAUGGUAGACAUGGAGAAGCACUACAGCCCCCGGUCGCCGCUGGACGACUCCGUGAUGGACAGUCCUCUGUGUCGGGACUUCAUCGGGGGAAUGGAAGCCCUUCAGGACAUCUCUCAGUCCAUCGAAGAGGACGCUCUCAGCAGCUUCGAGGCGACCGAGAACCAGUCUUCAGGUCUGGGCUCUGGAUCCGAGAGCUCCACUGCGUUAGAUGCACUGAGUCCCGCCUCCAGCCCGGCGUCAGGUGUGUACGGUGGCCCGGCGGGACAGGACGAGUUCACCUGCACCUCUCUGAACCUGGAGUGCCGCGUGUGUUUGGACCGCGCCUCAGGAUACCACUACGGGGUUCACGCCUGCGAGGGCUGCAAGGGUUUCUUCCGCCGGACCAUUCGCCUCAAGCUGGAGUACGAUAAAUGUGAACGACGCUGUAAGAUCCAAAAGAAGAACCGAAACAAGUGCCAAUACUGUCGCUUUCAGAAGUGCCUGUCUGUGGGCAUGUCCCACAACGCCAUUCGGUUUGGGCGAAUGCCCCAGUCGGAGAAGCUGAGGUUGAAGGCGGAGAUCCUAACAGGGGAACGAGAGGUCGCGGACCCUCAGGUGGCUGAUCAGAAAACCCUGGCCAAGCAGAUCUACGAGGCCUACCUGAAGAACUUCAACAUGAACAAAUCCAAAGCACGGACCAUCCUGACGGGCAAGACAAGCACGCCGCCUUUUGUCAUCCACGACAUGGAGACGCUGCAGCUGGCCGAACAGACUCUUGUGGCCAAGAUGGUGGGCUCUUCUGGGGCUCUGCUGAAUAAAGAUGCAGAAGUUCGAAUAUUCCACUGCUGUCAGUGCACUUCGGUCGAGACGGUGACCGAACUGACUGAGUUCGCCAAGUCUGUGCCAGGCUUCUCAAACCUGGAUUUAAAUGACCAGGUGACAUUAUUAAAGUACGGCGUCCAUGAGGCGCUCUUCGCCAUGUUGGCAUCAUGCAUGAAUAAAGACGGUCUGCUGGUGGCGCACGGCAGCGGCUUCAUCACCAGAGAGUUCCUGAAGAGCUUACGACGGCCGUUCAGUCAAAUGAUGGAGCCCAAGUUUCAGUUUGCAAUGAAGUUUAACUCCCUCGAGCUGGACGAUAGUGACCUCGCACUGUUUGUUGCUGCCAUCAUCUGCUGUGGAGAUCGUCCAGGCCUGGUGAACGUCCCGCACAUCGAGCGAAUGCAGGAGAGCAUUGUAAACGUGCUUCAUCUGCACCUCAAGAGCAACCAUCCCGACAACGAGUUCCUCUUCCCCAAACUCCUGCAGAAACUAGUGGACCUGCGGCAGCUGGUGACGGAGCACGCUCAGCUCGUGCAGGAGAUCAAGAAGACAGAAGACACUUCGCUGCAUCCCUUACUGCAGGAGAUUUACAGAGACAUGUACUGAGUCGCCUUUGGCUCAUAAAAACAAGCUCAAAACAAGUCUCCUCGUACAGCUACACUGUGAUCUUUUAUUAAGGGCGUCAUAUGAACCACUAUUUUUGGGAUUACUGGAUGAAAACGCCAGGAACAUCAGGGCUCUUCAUUACCGUCGAGUUAAACAAUGCUUUCUACGGUUAUUGGUUUAGAGAGAAGAGAACAAGACAAUGCAAAUUAAAAUGCAUCCUGUGGUUUUAAAUAUUUUUGGAAAUUUUAUAAAUGUUUACUGGUCCCUUGGGCCAGAAACUGUGAAUAGAAACCCUAAAAUCCAACUUAUUCAUACAGCAAUAUUAUUUCUUUAUAUAGACAUGGUAACUUUUGAUAGUGUAUGCUUUAAACAUGUAGGGUUCACCCAAGUGACUUCGACAUAGAUCUGCUGUAAAUAGUGAAACUGACCGUUUAAUAAAGCUUCAGGGAUUAUGCUUCAUGGUUCACAUUGUUAUGAACACAAGUGCUCCAGGUUGUGCAGUUUUACAGUAAUCUACUGUUUAAAUGGGCUAAAGGAGCGAUGAAACGCUUAAUAAGUGAAGCCUGUUACUGCAUUUAAACUGCAAGCGUCACACCGCACGAAAAAUACAGUUGAAAUGCACCGUUGCAAUUCUGCAAUGUUAGUUUUUUGAAGCAAUAUUUGAACGAAGCACGCUCGCACAGGUGUCUGUUGGGCUUGAUGCAAGUCGAACACAGAUUUGUACUGAAUUUCGAGGUUUGGGCUUCAUUCUGUGUAGAGUUUGCAUGCUCUUCCCAAUGUAAAUUUUGUUUAUUGACAAUAACAGUUCUCAGAGAGCCCUUUCUGAUAAACAUUUUAUACUAUAUAUCCAUUUUUAAAGGAAAUAUUCAGUGCAGUGUCCCAGAAAUCAAUGCACGCAAAUGCAUUUGCACUGCAGCGAUGCACUGCUGUUCACACGCUGCAGAUGCAACGUGUAGCAAUCAGCAAUCUGUCACUCUUCUCCGUUCUUGAUGUUUCCUCAGAACCACAGUGCCUAGUCUCAAAUCUUGGUGAAAAACAUCUUAUUGUUUUUUAAUUCCCUAUAUAAACCAGGAACAGAAGCUAAUUAACGUAAAAUCUAUGUGCCGUUAUCUACGUUAAAAAGUUGUUGCGUAAGGGCCGUUCACACAGAACUCAUUUCUUUUUGCAUUAUACUGUGAUGCUUUUCUGUUAUUUUUCGAUGUAAUCAUGCGCUAGACAGACAUGUUUGACCACUGUACUCGCGCAUGUUUUACAGCUACUCUCUCAUGAAACUGCACUCAUGUUAAAACAAUGUUUUGAGACCUUUCGUUUUUGUUUUUUAUUCUACUGCACCGUGUCUCACAUUUAUAACUCAAAAACCUACUCAGUGAACCGGCCUUAAGAGUGUAAUAAUAUAGGGCCGUUUGAUUGAUUAGAUUGUGUAAGAUUCAUUUUGAGAUUGUUUAAAGAGCCAUUUUAAAAUUAAGCUAAAAAAUGGGUUCCUAGAAGUAAUAUGGAGCCUUUAAAGGGACAUGGCAAUGAAAAGUAACAUGGGAUAAGAGAGUAAAAAUAUUUGGUUGUAAAAAUAUUUGUUUUGUUUGUUAAUUAUCAGUUAACCUGAGAGAUUUUGAGUUUGAUUACAAAAAAAUAUUUGUUUAUAAAAAAAAUUUAAAAAAAAUUGUUAAUUAUUAGUGGUUAACCUGAGAUAAUUUGAGUUUGAUUACAAAAAUAUUUGUUUGUAAAAAAAAAUUUUUUUUAUUAAUUAUUAGUUAACCUGAGAGAUUUUGUUUUUUUAUUACAAAAAUAUUUGUAAAAAAAAAAUUGUUUGAUAAUAACUAUUUUUACAUUUGCUCAUAAAACAUUUGAGAAUGCUUGCUAAAGUAUCGUUUUCUUUCGCAAAAUAUUGCAAAGGGAAAUGCAAAUAUUUAGUGAGAACACAAAUGUUUUUAUAUUUUAAAUAGUGAAUGCAAUACUUUUUUAGCGAAUGCAAAUCUUUUUUUAAUUGAACGCAAAUGUUUUGUGAGCAAACGCAAAGUUUCUCUGGGGAACGCAGUACUUUUGCAAGAAAAUACGCAUUUUUGCGGGUGAACGUAAAGUCUCUUGGGGCAACAAUAUUUUUGAGAGCAAACAUUUUUCGGGGGGGGGGGCACAAUACUUUUGCAAAUGACUUUAGCGACUGUAGAGUUUCCUGAGAGAAUGCAAAUGUUUUGUGGGUGAGCGUAAGUGUUUUAUGCAAAUGUUUUGCGAAAAUAUGUUCGCAAGAAAGUUUCUCAGGUUUUGCGAGUGUCCGCAGAGUUUCUUGAGGGAACAUAAUAGUUUUGCAAGAGAACAAUUAUUUUCUAGGUGAACGCAAAGCUACUCGGGGAUCUCGAUAUUUUUGCGAGAGAAGGCAAAAGCAUUUGUCAUCCCAUCUAAUUUUUUCCCCAUCACCAUGUCCCCCUAGUGGCUUCGUAAACCAUCACCUUCAGUUAGUUUCUUGUGAAUGUUUUGUUUUCCAUGUCACCAGCUUUAUUGUUCCGAAGUUGUGAACAAUUACUAGCAAGAACUAAUUAUUGUCUAUUUUCACUUCAAACCUUUUUUUUUUUUUUUGCAUGAGAAAAUGAUUGCUAUAAUGAUUUAUAGUAAGUACUCUGAAAACACAUCUUGGAUUGCAACCUUGUAAAGCAAGUGAUUCAUUUUAAAAAUGCUCAUCAACAGUCACCAAAAAAAUUAUGACAUAUUCAAAACAAAUAACUUUAGGUCAUGUUGCCGCUGCAAAUUGUUGAUACCCUCAACAUCCCGUGUCACAUUUAUACGAUGCAUGUGUACAUGUGAACCCACGUUCCUGAAAAGCGAUGCACUUAAACAGUAAGGUUAUGUUUGUAACUGGAAAUGCUGAAGCUUUGCAACCCUGUAAAUAGCAAACGCUUGAUCAAGACAUCGUUUUGAUAAAUGCUUUUUAACGGCUAGGACAUUGUAUGCAUCUAGGUAUUAUGCACUACCGCCUUUUUCUACUAAAACAAAGGUAUCUUUAUUAAUAUAUAGCGGAUGUUGUGAAAUGAACGUUUUAUGCAGUGCAGUGUAAAUAUGGGGGAAGAUUUGUCAUGGAACGACAUGGGAAUUAAUGUUGUAUAUUCCACAUUCCUUUUUAAUUCAGCGUGAGGACCUGCACAUUUCCACCUUGAAUGGAAAGAUGAUUGGAGUGGCUUAUAAUCCUGAAGAUUUCAUUAUGUUAUGGGAGUUUUACUAAUGGUGAAUAGUCCAUUUUUACUUCAUCCCGACUGUUUUCUCAUGACUAGUGUGACAUGUGAUCUUUUUGUUGAAGCUUGUUUCUGUCAUGGGAUAAAAUAGGGUAAUUGCAACAAUUCUGAAAGAAUUAAUGAGACACUUGGCCUAUUACAUAUAAAUAUAUAUAUAUAUAUAAUUAAAAAACUGGAAACCGUAUCAAAAUCAAGUGAAGUAUUUGAGUGUCACUUGGUGACUAUUUUUGGUACAAUCUUGAUUUUUGCUAUAUAAACUUAAAAUUUGGUACAUAACAUAGUUAGACAUACGCCUCUUGACUUUAUAGUAAUUUUAGAUUUCAAAAUAUUGGUGAAAUAUUUUUAUAUCAUUUGUUAAGUACAGCACAUGUUCUUAACAGAUCACCAACCUUUGGUCUUCAAACCUUGCAAGAUAUAUACUCAGUAUUCAGAGACAAAGAGUCCAAAUUGCGAGAUGUAGAGGAAAAAGAAAGUCAGAAUUAUAAAAAAAAAAAGUCAAAAUGUGAGAAAAAAAAUUGCAAUUCCUUUUUUUGUGUGUGUGUGGUGGAAACAAGCUUCCAUAUUUUUGCCAUAAAAUCAAUUUCUGAUCUCGGGGUGUUUGGGAUCCUCUCCUACUUACUGUACUGUGCUCCAUGAGAUCUCAGGUAAAGAACAGAGGUACUGAUGAUAUCCAUCAUUCCCAACUGCCUGAAGCCAAAUGGUUUGUAAAACCAGCGAGAUUUUCACUCUCCAUUGUCGUUGAAAAAUGCACUCCCUGCUUCAUACGGUCAUUUUUCAGAAAUUAGUAAUUUACAUUCUUGUUUGUGUCUUGUUUUUAUUUUCACAAGUUCAGAUGCUUACAUGAAUGUGGUUUGAUGUGUAAAUGUGUAGCAGAACAUUGUGCUUUUGCUAUACUUUGUACUGAAUUCAUCCUCCGCCUUGUUCACUUGCUAGUGCACUUGAGUUCAGUAGCUUACUACGUACUGAAUCCUACUGUAGUCACACUGGAAACACAGUGUGCUGGUGUAGAUUGCAGAUGUAGAGGUCAUAUGCAUACUAUUUCUGCAGUAGUAUGCUACUCUGAUUUGUCUCUUCUAGUGCCUUAGAUCCAAAUUGUAAGAAAUUGUGAGGAAGUGUUAUGGCAUGGAUGAACAAAUUUCACUUUAGAGUAAAAAUCUGCAAUGUUUCAAAUCAAAUAAAGUGUCAUUAUAAUCCAUGGUCAAGUUCACAAUGUUCCCAAUAUUUUAGUUUUUUGUGUCCAGUAAUAUUUGCUGAUUGAGAAACUGUAUGCAUAAAGUAUUGUUUGUUAGUUUUUUCGGAUUAAAAUGAAAUGUUUGAUUGUCUGCAGCUUUGCUUUUCUAACUAGUGCUUGGUGUUUUUUAUAUAGAGGGGAUUUUAACAACGUGAUAUCAGGGAAUUGUCUCGGUCACAGUAAAGUCAAGUACUGUUCUGCCUCUGACAGCGUCAUUUCUAAUAAAAGCUUGAUUUUAAGAAGCUUGUUGAUACAGAUCUGUGACUUUACACUAGCUGCUUAUUAAUAUACUGCUGCAAAAAGACCUCAGUGGUGGUGUUUUUGCUGUACAUUGGUUUAAACGUUUGACAUCUGUAUAUCUAGUCCCGUCUCCAAAUAAAAGACUUCUUUAUUAAACUCAAA